AGAGAGAGAGAGAGGGAGAAAGAGAGAGAAAAAGAGAGAAAGAGAGAGAAAGAGAGGCAGAGAGAGAGAGACAUACAAACACACAAACGCGCAUCUGCCACCUCAGAGAACCUGACAGGCAGUCAAGAGCGGAUCAUCGGAAAGUGAACUUCGCUGUCCCCAACACUUCGGGGACUGGAACAAGGAACAUCAACUCUCAGAGAAGGUGCUAUGCUCCUGGAAACAGCGUCCACAGAGGCGGCGGUGGAUGCCUCAAAAUCUGAGAGGGAGACUCAAAAAAUGGACAGUCGACAGGAUCGCAAGCCGAAGAAACCCCACUACAUUCCCAGACCACCUGGCAAGCCCUUCAAAUACCAGUGCUUCCAGUGUCCCUUCACCUGCAACGUCAAGUCACACCUCUUCAACCACAUGAAAUACAACCUGUGCAAGAACUCCCUGUCUUUGGUGUCGCAGAGGACCGAGCACACAAGCAAGAUGGCAAAAGUUGGGCCACAAAGCCCUGCAAAGGAGGUAACCCCCAGUCCUCCAGCAGAGAAGACCCUGGUGUGCAACAUCAAAAGUGUAAAGCCACAGAAAGCCAAACCACAAGACGCACCAAUGAAAAACGACAACGCUAAGGAUGAGAAGGAAAAAGACGAGGUACCAAAGUGCGACCUUUCAAGGGAAGAAAUUCCAACUGAAGAGUCCACAGUGAAGGAAGUAGUCAAGGCAAACCUCACAACCACCUCAGCCUUCUCUCCAGUAACCCCACUCAGGGAGAAGAAAGAUGGCCAAACCGCUUCAAAAGUCGAACAGCCUCCGGCUACAGUCACACCAUUCGUCCAUCCCUCUGUCCCCUGGAUACACGGCCCACUGACAGUGAAGCCGGUCCUCCCUCACCUGAUUCCAGAAUAUCCUCCUUACAUGCUACCAGACCGUCCUCUGUCCUCGCUUUACCAGCCGUACCCACUACCUGCCGGCCAUUCCCUACCAAGCAGCUCCACCACUCCGUCUUUCCGCCCAGAGCCCGUGGACUCGCGGUUCCAUCACUUCAACGCCAUGGUUCCCCCAGCUCUGGAGUCCCCAAGUCCAGCCCUCCUGCAGCACUACUACUCCAGAUACGGCCAUCACCUCUACCAGACGUCUCCUCUGCAGUAUGGCCUGUACCACUCCCCUGACAUCCCUACUGCCUUGCCAACGCCGCGCUACAUUUCACUGGAGGUUUACGGCCGUGGUGGCUAUGACUUCAGAGACCACAGGGGUUACCGCCCUCCUCCUCCUCCUCUGGACGAGGCUUUCGGCACCAAGCGCGAGGGAGAGCAGAGCCGUCAGGAGCAGAACAAGGACAAGUCUGCCACACGCCUCAGCCCCAUGUCUGGAUCUUCUGCCGCCGGGUCUCCAGAUCGGCCCCACAAAGGUGUGUACAGCCAGGCAGAGUCCUCAGAUGAUGACCGGCGUGCAGCCCAGCCAGAGUUGACUACGCUCCAGCCGUGGAGAGAUUCCAGCCCGAUGGUCACCAAACCACUGGCGCUCGUGCCAGUGCUACCACAAGCCUUGCUUAAGCAGAGAGCGCUGGAGCAUCAAGGGAGGGCACAAGUGCAAGCCAGCUAUUUCGGCAGCAGUCUGCCAAGUGAUCAAAGAGCAGAGGAUGAUGACGAUGAUGAUGCUGAUGGUGAAGAGGAAGAUGACCAGGCGCCUCUUGACCUCUCAAGGAGAGACCACGCCGAGGGAAGCAGCACCGCUAAGGACAACGACACUCAGGACGAAAUGCCUCUGAACCUCUGCAUGAAACCUCGACCCAGCAGCCCAGCAUCCUCUACCCCACAGACGCUAUCCCCAGCACCCAAUAGCUCUCCUGCUCCCUCCCAGGCCUCCGAGGUCUCCUCAGUGUGGAGGACAUACGAGGCUACUGGGGAACACAGCGACCAGAGGGAGACGGCAGCCUUUGCCCUGUGCCAGCUGGCCUGCUCCAGCCCAGAGAGCCAGGACAGCGCCACCUGCAGCAGAAACACUGGCGGUGCGGUCAGUCUCGGUUCUACACCUACGGAGACGUCAAAAGAGCCUGACCACACAGCCAAUACAGAGCUUGAGAAAACGAAAGUGUGUCAGACACAGACGGAAAGAGUGGAAACCAGGAACGACGCUCCUAAAAGGACUAGCAAAAAGACGAGCGCUAGACAGCCAAGCCACAUCCCAAAGAAAAGGCCUCGCUGCAGUUGAUUUUGGAGGCUUGGAUUUGCAGAAGACAUGCAUUGAUAAAAUUAACAAGCAUGUUUUGUAAGAUUUGUGUACAAAAUGUGGGGAAUCAAUGGAAGAAUAUUCUACUUAUGCAAUGUUGAUUAAAGCUUUUUUUUAAACAACUGACAAUCCUAUUUUUCAUAAAAAUGUUUACUAUUAUGUAUUAAGUAUUAUGAGACCAAUGUCACCAUUCUAGUAUGCACUGUAAAUAAUGGGGUGAUGCAACAAGAUGUGUUCAAUGCUGAUUUUAAAUGACUAUGAUUUAAUAAUAAAGUAUGUGAAAUAACCACUGUGGUAGAUGUUUUUGACUAGACAAUACCAUGCACAGAGCAAAACAAAUAUAUAUUAACAUUGUAUUACUGUGUCAACAUUUAAUUCCCAGAAUUCUGUUCUUUUUUAAAAUUAAAUUGUCUGUCUUUUUCAUCCAGCCUCUGAUUUGAUACUCUGAACGCACACCCAAUUAUGUCAAAUUAUAUUUUGAAUGCCAGUUUGUCCAUCUACUGCAUGCCACUCUUCCAACUUGAUGUGUGCGAAACACUAGUUGUCACUAAGUGCAUGUUCCACACAAAAAAUGGCA